ACAAAGAGAUCAGAAAUUUUUUAAAUCCGAAGAAGGAAAAGACUUUAUCGAAGUCGUACAAUCAAAGAGUAAAUGCUUGGUCCGACUCACAGAAAAAAAUGAAAGUGAAUCAACGAUGAUUUCGUCAACUAAGUCCCCUCCAGCAGAACCAACUUCGAAAUUACUCUGCAGUCAUGAAACUCGAGAAAAAAUCUUGCUGAAAGUGUACAAGGACAAUAUUACGGCACAUCCCUGUGACGUCAUCGUGAAUGCAGCUAAUGGCGACUUGAAACAUAUUGGUGGAGUGGCAAAGAGCAUUUUGGAUGCCGGAGGAAGAGAGAUACAAGACGAAUGCGACGAACACGUCAAAGAAAAUGGAAAGCUUUUCGACGGUCAAUGUUUCAGUGGAAGUCCAGGAAAAUUGCCUUGUAAAGUUCUGGUCCAUGCUGUCGGUCCUCGUUGGGAUGCUAGCAAUCGUGAAAAAAUAUGCAAAUUGUUAAGUGUCACCUGCACGAGAGCACUUGAGGAAGCGAUAAAGUAUCGAUCGAUUGCUCUUCCUGCAAUCGGAAGUGGUGUUUAUGGUAUUCCUAAAGACGUCUGCGCUGAAAUAAUGAUCGAAGCCGCCGAAAAAUUUAGUAGGAAUCACGAGGAUUCCAGCGUGAAGGAGAUUCACUUUGUCAACAACGAUGACGCGAGUGGACAUGUUUUUGUCAAGAAAUUUCGUGAGAAAUUUGGUGGACGACCCUCAUUGAUAAGAAAUGAGGAGAAGCCUGCCAAUAGCAGAUUCUAUGCUUCUCUAAAACCAAGUUCUCAGAGUGUGACCAAAGAAACCGCGCGAAAAGCGGUAUCCAUACAAGACGAUUUGCAAAAACGAAAGUCUGAUGAUUCUAUUUUUACUACACAGAACAUGAAAAUAUCAGUGGUGGUUGGAGAUUUGGCAACAUAUAAGGCCGAUGUUCUGGUCAACACGACGGGACAUACUCUUGACCUUGAAGCUAACCCAUGCAGCAAAGCCCUCAGCUAUGAGGCCGGUCCAACGCUGCAAUCCGAAUGUAGAAGGAUUGGCAAGUUAAACGUCGGUCAGGUAGCUGUCACCACGGGAGGAAAUUUGCUUUGCGACGAGGUCUUUCACGUUGUUUGUGAUAAGUGGCGUAGGGGACAAGGAGAAGAGGUGUUACGGGUGAUCAUAAAAAAAUGCCUAAAGAAGUGCAACUCAAAUGGUAAGAAGUCCAUCGCAUUCCCAGCAAUUGGAACCGGAGUAUUGGGAUUUCCACAUGAUGUCGCGGCUAAAAUAUUUUUCGAAGAAACAAAGGAUUUCGAGAAAAGAGUUCCAAAUUCCAGCAUCGAGGAAGUUAGUUUUGUCGUCUACAGUCGGGAUUCAGAGUCGAUUAAGGCGUUUAAGAAGGAAAUAAAGAGACAAUCAGAGUGGGGCAGCGGUGUGUCUGUUGGAAAGGUAUCAGAUGGUCAGCAAAAGAGGUGGAAGAGGAAUCCAGUUGGAGUUGGAGUUGAAAAAGGUGACUUGUGUGUUGAAAUUGGCAAUGGUAAGAAGGUGGAGAUUGUUAAAGGUGAUAUUACGAAAGAAAGAUCAGAUGUUAUUGCUCACUUGACCAAUCCAAGCCUGUUCAUGCGAAGUGGGGUCGCCAUUGCUCUUGUGAAAGCUGGAGGAAAUGAUAUUGAAAGGGCAUCCCAAAAUAUAGGCAGUUCAUAUAAACUACUCAAUGCAACUACAGUUUUAACAACCGCAGGAAGAUUGGAUGCUAAAUACGUUGCUCACAUGGUUGCUUCUAACGAUCCCUCCUUCAGUGAGAUUGAAAAGUGUAUCACUAACUGCCUAAAUAGAGUUACGGAAAAAAAAUGUGAAAGCAUUUCAUUUCCCGCCGUUGGAACAGGCUCCUUAAAAAACGACCCGGGAAAAGCUGCUAAAACAAUUUUUUCAUCGGUCGUACGUUUUCUUCAGUCAAGCACUGGGUCACUCAAAACUGUUCGCAUUGUUUUAAAGGAUGAUGAUCUUGUCGAGGCAUUUCAAGCAUCGGUAAAGAAGUUUAAUGAAAGCGAAGAGCCUGGAGUGUUUAAAAAGAUUGUAAAUUAUUUUUGGAGCACAGAAUCACCCGCAGCCUUGAAAGUGGUAGAGAAUACUCCUGUUACAACCACAGAACUUCUCUUAGAAAUCUAUGCGCAAAACGAAGCAACCGUUGGAAUUGCAAAAGAGAAAAUUUUGAACGUCAUUGAAAAGCAAAAGAAGAAAGAAAAACUAGACGACGAAAACAUCGUAAAACUGUCAAGUAUGCAAGUUGAGGAAAUAAAACGCUGGUGCGAUGUGAACGAUGUUAAAGUUACUAUUGAUAAGGAACUUAACCGUAUUAUCAUGUUUGGACACAGUGAGGACAUUUCCACCAUGAUUACUAAAAUAUAUCAAGUUUUGAAAAAAAUUGGCGAGAGAGAGAGAGCUGAAAUGCACGCGGAGUAUGCCGAAAUGGUUUCGAAGAGUGUACAGUGGUUUUACGUGGAUCCAGCAACCGGUGAUCAUGAAGAGUACCACAAGCAUACAAACGCCGCAAUCGAGAAAGCUUACAGCAAAAACGAAAAAUCUGUUAUUUUCGAUUUAAUAGAUGGAAAAUGCAAAAUUGUAUUCGAUAGGAUGCAAGAAAUGAACUUGGACACAAAUGUGAAAACGGAAGUCAUGAGGAAAGAUCUCAAAGAGAUAUCCGUACCCGACUAUUGGGAACCUCAACCACUCGAUGCCAAUGGCAAAGAGCUUGUUGUACACCUUGUCCUUCUCAACCCUAAGAAUCCAAACCACAAGAAGGAAUGCAUGGAAAUUUCUGAUCAUUUCAACAGAACAUGCGGCCAGCAAAUUCUUCAGAUCGAGCGAAUCCAAAAUCCAUCGUUGUAUAAACAGUACGUUACGAAAAAAAAUUGCUUGGAUCAAAAAGGUGAAAAAGUGAGGUCUUGUUGGGCAUCAAGUCCUGAUAAGUUAGAGGAAAUAACUGAAAAAGGACUAAACAGGAGUUAUGCUGGAAACACUCAUGGUAAUUGUUAA